AUGGAUUCCAGUGAGGUUGCCCGAAUCAUUCAAGAAGGAAUUACAACUGGCCUACAGAGGAAUGCUCGAGGUUUAACGGACCCUAUCAACCAUCUUAAUAUCUAUACCGAUGUCAUGAACUUGCAAGUUGCUCUAGACCGGGUGAUGUGCAAAGCUUUUCCUCAAACAUUGACCCACGCAGCCAAGGACUGGUUCUCAACCUUAGAGCCCAAUUCCAUAGCCUCUUUCUCAGAUCUGGCCGAUAAGUUCUCUGCCUUCUUUGCCAGUAGUAAGGGCAUCAGAAAGACAGCAACUUCCCUCAUGCAACUUUGUCAAGGGCAAAAUGAAACCCUACGUGACUUCAUGAAGAGGUUUAAUAAAGAAAGACUUCAGAUCCCCGAUCUCCAUAUCACAGCAGUAGUUUCCGCCCUCACCCAUGCUAUAAGAUGUGAAACAUUCAAAAUGAGUUUGUCAAAAACUCCCCCAAAGUCAGUGACCGAGCUUCUGACCCGAGGAGAGAAAUACAUUAAUAUGGAAGAAACAUUGAAUCUAAGGAGAGUUGGUCCGACUUUUGAUGGGGCCAAGCAUAAGAGGCAGCGUGAGUUGUAUCUACAGCAAGACCUUGCCAGAGGAAAGCAGAAGCAGGGCACACCACCAACACUUACAUAUUUGAACACCUCUAGGUCAAACAUAUUGAUGGAAAUCAAAGAUAUGAAGGAGUUCAAGUGGCCACCGAGGUUGAGGUCUCCCCUUGAGACCAGGAACAAGAACAAGUACUGUGACUACCAUCGUGACCAUGGGCAUACUACAGAGGAUUGCAUUACAUUGCAACGUGAGAUUGAAGCUUUGAUAAAAAGAGGAUUCCUAAAGGAGUAUAUUAGGCAUGACAAACAUCCCAGGAAUGAUUGCAACAAUGGAAAGACCACAGAAUCUGGGGGAGGUAACCAAACAAUAGCAGGUACCAUCAACCUUAUAAUCGAGGGGAUUGCCUCGGGGGAAGAUUCAAAUAAUGGGUGCAAACAAUAUGCCCGACGACACAGUUCCAUACAAAUGACAGCUCCCAACGACAUGAAAGAUAUCACAUUUGGAUCAAAGGAUUCAAAAGACAUAUCAUACCCCCAUGACGAUGCCUUGGUCAUAUCUGCCAUCAUCGCCAACUUUGAAGUAAGGAGGGUCUUGGUUGACAAUGGAAGUGCGGCCAAUGUGUCGUCCCAAGAGGCUUUCAUGAAAAUGGGUAUUUCUGUUAACCAGUUCAAGACAGUCAAAAUAUCACUCCAGGGAUUUGGGGGUAGAACAAUCAUCCCAGAAGGAAUCGUUGAUCUUCCACUAACAUUGGGCUAA